AUGGCGGCGCAGUCAGGCAUCGUGUUCCCGAAUCCGGGUUUGCAGGUGUUGAGCUGUUGCAUUCAUUUGCUGGGGGUCUCUGUUCUCAGUCACUGCAUCUCCCGUCGAGUUACGCACGCUCAAUUCCCAACAUGGGCCUCCCUGUUCGACUCUUGGCCGCGGGUAUGCGUCGUUCUCGCCUUCUUUGACUCUUGGUUGUUUGUCUUUUCUUCUGGGAUCUCUAUCUUUGGUAUUGGGUUGGAGAGUUAUAUGGGCAACUGCGCGGCGGCCAUCUACCUAUGCAUCGCGUUCUACGGCACUUCAAAGAUGCUGAUCUACCUCUUCCUGAUUGAAAAGGUCCAUGUCGUCUGGAAUCCAGGGAAGCCCCGCUUCCAGUCCUGGGUCUACAUUGUCUGUCUGGCCAAUGUUCUCGCAUACAUUGUCCCUAUCAUCCUCAUGAUUAUCGGUCGGGUUCACCUCUUCCGCGCAGACGGCAACUGUGUGAUUGGACUCAAGCACUUCUCCUCCGUCACGAUGCUUACAUACGACCUUUGGAUCAAUACUUUCCUCACCGGCAUGUUCCUGACGCCGAUUGUGCGCGCUAAACUGAUCAACCCGCGUAUCCGCCUGGUGGCCGUGCGCACCCUCAUCGCCUCUGUCAUAGGCCUCACCGUCUCCGCGGUGAAUAUGGCCGUUCUGACCGCUCUCCAUGGUCAAGAGCUGGGCUGGCUUUGUCUCGCUUGCUGCUCCAUGGACGUCGUUAUCAACGUUCUUGCCCUAUUCUGGAUCACGGAUAACCGCGCGAUGGCCAACGUCAGCUCCUCGGCCGGUACACGCGAUGGAGGAGAACAUCGCGAGCGCCCUGCCACGCUGAACCUUAAGGCCACGAAGGGGCUCGUUGUGAGUUCGUCGCGCACACCGCGCACACCGCGCUCCCCGUCAAGCAGCAUGCCCUUCCAGCGCAGUUACGCGGAUGAGGUGCCCCUCGGUACUGUCCGUCAUGGAGUCAUUGAGCGUUUCUUUGGACCCAACGCCGCGGAUCGUCAGAGGCUGGAGAUCAGCGUUACGACACAGUGCGAGGUCGAGGCUGACAGCGAUAGCACUUUCGACGUCAAGGCCGCUGCUCAUCAGCUUGAGCCCGAGAUUGAGGACGUCAAGCACUCCGAUGCCGAGCGCCAAUGA